AUCAUCAAGCGACGAUUUUUGUCUUUUCUGUAAAGAAGCUUCGCUUUCUUUGUAAUGACGUGAAAAACUACAAGUAAUAUAAAUUUGUUUGACAGGAAAAUAUAAUCAAGCACUUUAUUGAAACACAUAGUGAGUAACAGCAGUARCAAGUACACCAAUGGCGUAAACACGCGGCUCGUUAGUGGACUGUUUACGCUUCGUUAUGCCCAAACUUUUCGACGUUAAGUUUCCAGGCGGAUGUAACACUCUUCCUGACGGGUUCUGGUCGGCGCUGGACGUGUGGAUAAAGAAGCCCCAUGUCGUGAAUAAACGUCUGUGUGGAGUUAAAGAGACGGGCAGCAGAGAUGUAGGCAGAGAGGACCUGCGCUUCCUCCUGGUGGAGGAUGAUGGUGACGUCAUGUCUUUCCUCUGCACCGUUUCAGCAGCGCGCACACACGAACAGGACACACCGUGGUCAUCUAGUGUCAGAACYUUUAUCCCCAAAGUGAACAGCUAUGGAACAAUGGUGCAGAAAGAAAUGAUACUGAAAGACUCUGACAGACAACAAGUGACUUUUCUUCCAUUUGAGGAGGAUGCAGAAGGGAAAGUGUCCUUCAGGAGAGGCAACGUGUAUCAGAUCAGGCUCUGCAGUCAGGGAUGUGAGGAAUGGACUUUGGAGCUGCACGUGUUGACGUCGGACGCCUGGUUCUCUGACGGCGUCGCCUAUCCCAAGCUGCCCUGGCUGCUCUCGGACCUGCUGCCUAAACUGGUGCGCUGGGCCUCCGAGUGCAAGAGCAGCGAGUUYAGGAGCACGUUGUCUCUGCUGCCCAUGGAGAAGUACAGCCUUGUGUACCAGCAGCUGAAGGACAAGUACAAGGCCAUGGUGAAGGUUUGGCCUGAGGUCACAGAUCCAGAGAAGUUUGUGUUUGAGGAUGUUGCUAUCGCUACCUAUCUCCUGGUUCUGUGGGCUGAGGAGAGAGCUGAAAGAAACCUGACGGCGCCGCAGUCCUUUGUGGACCUCGGCUGUGGAAAUGGCCUCCUGGUUCACAUACUGACAAAUGAAGGGCAUCCCGGACGGGGCGUCGAUGUUCGCCGGAGGAGGAUCUGGGACCUGUACGGCCCUCAGACCACGUUGGAGGAAAAGGCAAUUAUUCCCAGCGAGAGCUUCUUAUUCUCGGGUACAGACUGGCUGAUUGGGAACCACUCAGAUGAGCUCACACCGUGGAUCCCCGUUAUGGCAGCCAGGUCAUCCUACUCUUGCCGCUACUUUGUCCUCCCCUGCUGCUUCUUUGACUUCUACGCCAAGUACCAGAGACGUCAGAGCAAGAAGUCUCAGUAUAAAGAAUACAUUGAUUUCAUCAGUGAGGUCAGCAGAGUCUGUGGCUUCAACACAGAAGAGGACUGUCUGAGGAUCCCGUCCACCAAACGUGUGUGUCUGGUGGGAAAGUCGAGGAGCUAYGAGCUUUCUGACGAGGCCGAGUACGAGCAGCGGCGAGCUCGUUACAUCCGGAGCCGACAGACCUCCUCCGAGGUGACGGCUCAAAGGUCAGGCRUCAAAGCCGGCGGGGAUGAGGAGGGCGACGACGCCGCGGGGAGCACGCGGGGAGCCAGGUUCCAGCCCAGAGACAGAGUGGAAACGGUGCGAAACUGCGCUGCCCUCCCGCGAGACUUCGUCGACAGAAUCGUCCUGCAGGUCGCUGGCGUACUUCUGGGAAUGACUGCAGACGAGUCCUGCAGCAGCUGGAACAAAGGAGGCAGCCUCUCUGUGGGCGACGUCGCCGAGYUGUUGGAGCAGGAGACCCUGCAGCUCCUGAAGAAAGAGUGCGGAGGCCUUCAGACGCUUCUCAAGAACAACCACCAAGUCUUUCGAGGUAUGGAAGGAGGGAGGGUCUACAUAAGAGAUUGGCGGGACAAGAAGUCCUCCGGGGCUGCAGUCCAGAGGAAACCCAUCGCCCCCGGUGCCAUGAAAACUCGUCUGUGUUGGUUUUACACCCACCACCCUCAGGGCUGCCCACUAAACACCCAAAACUGUGCCUUCGCUCAUGGACCAGAUGAGCUCCGACCCUCCACCAGACCACCAAAGAAGAAGAUGUUUUGAGAUUGCACCUCUUGAUAAUUUAACUUCAUGUUUUUAAGUUGGUUAUACAUCUUUUUUUAUUUCAGUGUAGCUUUUGUUGAAGUGAAAACAUUUUACAAUAAAAGCUUCAUAUUUAAUUAACAAGUCUAAAA